UCUCAAACGCCCACGUUAUACGGUUGAUGUACACACCCAUGAGAGAGGUCCCCUUCUCGUAUAACUAUCACUCGGCACUCCCCCUCUCUCCCUCCCUUUCAAUCAUCAGGUGUAUAGAGAGAGACAGAAUUUUCUCUUCUCGACCAGAUAAAAAAUAGCACAACCAGCGGACAUUGCAGAAUCUGAAAUCAAUCUAAGCUCUUUGGUUUCUUCUAAAGAUAUAGGAAAGUGCAUCAGUCUCACAAUCCUUUGCAUUUGGGUACCAGUGUCAGUAACAGGAAAUGGUCAAAAGGUAUGGAGUGUUUUGACGUGCAAGAUUUACCAUGUUGCAGUGCUUAGAAGGGGUUAAGCAUUUGUGUGCUUCCCUACUUCGCUGCUGUGAUCUUGAUUUGUAUAGACAAUCCAGAGACCUUGAAGAUCCUGAAGUUCUUGCAAGGGAGACAGUGUUUAGUGUAAGUGAAAUAGAGGCACUUUAUGAGCUAUUUAAAAAGAUUAGCAGCGCAGUAAUCGAUGACGGGCUGAUCAACAAGGAAGAGUUUCAACUGGCAUUAUUUAAGACAAACAAAAAGGAGAGCUUAUUUGCUGAUCGGGUAUUUGACUUGUUUGACACAAAACAUAAUGGCAUCCUAGGCUUUGAAGAGUUUGCUCGUGCACUCUCUGUAUUUCAUCCAAAUGCCCCUAUUGAUGAUAAGAUUGAGUUUUCGUUCCAACUGUACGAUCUCAAGCAGCAAGGUUUCAUUGAAAGGCAAGAGGUGAAGCAAAUGGUAGUGGCGACUCUUGCUGAAUCUGGUAUGAACCUUUCAGAUGAUGUUAUAGAGAGUAUCAUCGACAAGACCUUUGAGGAAGCUGAUACGAAACAUGAUGGGAAGAUUGACAAGGAAGAGUGGAGAAGUCUUGUACUGCGACAUCCAUCCCUUUUGAAGAAUAUGACCCUCCAGUACCUCAAGGACAUCACCACUACAUUCCCAAGCUUCGUAUUUCAUUCACGGGUCGAGGAUACCUGAUCCAGAUCUGCAUUUAGGUUGUGAGUUUGUUAUUGUUGGUUUUAAAAAAAUGCAGUCUUCCCACAUGUAAUAUAAGACCAGGACAAAAGCUUUGGCAUUUUAUUUGUUUAUUAUCUUCACAAAGAUUGCUGGUUGUGUGUGUGUAUUUAUUAUUGUAUUAUCAAUGGUGGCAUUCGUUUUUACCAAAA